AUGAAGUCCACAAUCGCAGCCACCCUCAGCCUCAUCUACUCAGCAAUCGCGCUCCCCGCAGCCGAACCUCUUCGAGUACUACCAUCGAACUGGCAAUACCAGAUCACAUCUCUGCGUGGCCCAGGCUGCCCCGACUUCGGCAAAGAUCCCGAUGUGGGUCGCACCACGCGCUUGACCUUCGGUCAAAACACCAUGGAUGGCAGCGAGAUCUACUACUGGUUCGUGGCAUACCCACAUCUGCGUGUCGAUCUCGCCGAAAAUGACCAUGUAUGGUGCGAGACGGAACUGAGCUACGAAGAAUUCAAAGAUGUGACUCAGACGGUCAAAAGCGCUGAUUACAGGCUCCGACUGCAUAAGAAUGGGACGAGGGUCAUCGCGACGUACGAUCUUGAGAAUAGUGUCCAGGCUAUGUUCAAGUUCACUUACGAGGAGGCUAAUAAGAAGAGUAUUACCGAUGUCAUCACCUGGAAUGGCCCGCUAGCAUCUGGGCAGUACCAGAAGGAAGACAGCUCGGCCGGGCGAAAAGAAGAGAUUUACAAGCUCCCAAAGUGUGGCGCUGGCAAGAUCAAGUUUCGCACUGAGCUUUCUAUUACCGGGAAGAAAGGCUUGAAGGGCUUCGUGGCAAGUGAGCAUAGCAAAGAUACCGCAGGUAUCGAGCAAUACUAUGGCAUUCAGCAGGGCUUUAGCUAUGAUUGGGAGAAUUGCGACAAGUAA